AUGCACCGCUGUCUCGAAAUUCCCGAAGUCUUGGACGCAAUCUUCGAUGAAUUAUCAGGAGACACCAAUUUCAACUCGCCGUGGUUCUCAAGCAAGAAAAGCCUCUGUGCCGCCGCCAGGACCUGUAAACGCUUCCACGAAUGUGCCAUAAAGUAUAUAUGGCAGGUUCUGCCCACCAUCGAUGUGAUAUUCGAAGUGUUUGCGAGCGACAUGUUUAAAAUCAGCGGGGAGGGUACAUACAGGUACCUCAAUUUUUUCGUCCUGACAGAAGAUAAGGAGCGUAUAAAACUCGGUUUCCAACAUCUGCAGAAAUAUGCUCGCCAUGUCAAGGUGGUUUUGUGGGUGGACAGACUCAAACCGCCUAUUGGGAAUAAGAACAAAAAGGACAUUCCAAUUCACCCCGACACGUUUCGAAAGAUCUACGAACAAGAAUACUUUAUCCGACCAUUAUUCCCCAAUGUCCAACACGUCCAGCUCCCGAUACUUGAAGGCGAUGAUACAUCCACCAUCUUCUACCCGUCACUCGUCCUAUCCCCGUCUCUCAAGAGGGUUUCGAUCCACACAUCGGACGGGACUGAAAUGAGGGACGUGGGCUUGGACACCUUCGUCAACACAUCCGAUUAUCUCUGGGAAGCUGUGACAGGCCGAAUCGCUGACGUUGCUCCCUCACUCCUAACUUUCGACAUCUCCAACCACCCAGAAAACUGUCCAAGACUCUCCGAUUACUUUUGCUUUAUAGGAAGGCGGACAGCCUUGGACCGACUACUUCCCCACUUCUCAUCGACGCUCAAGCAUCUCAAGCUCGACUCUCUCGUCCUCCAUGGCGAGACGUUUGGCACUAUCAACAACCUCACGGGCCUGGUCAAGAUGGAUAUUUCCCUCGUUCGCCAGCAACAGGCCGAGAUGGACCACUUGCCCAGUGCUUCACUAUGCUUGCCUUCCCUUGAGCAUUUGGUUCUUGGCAUCUUUCCUGAAGCACCCUACCAUAGAUUCUUCCAGAUUCUCAAGGCAGAGAAGCUCAAGCGGAUAGAGUUCACCGUAUUCAUAGGCGACGAAGCAGAGUAUGAUCCUGAAAGCCUCUUCCUCGCCCUUAGAACGAACUUACGCCUUUGCGAUCAUCUCGAGGAAAUCGAACUCACUCAACGAUACGAUCCCGGCAACGAUAAUUUCGAUAAUUUCAUACUCUGGCAUGAGCGCUCAGGGAUACCACGCUUCAUCGUCUCAAACGAUACCUUUACUCCACUGCUCGCGUUCAGCAAUCUCACCUCUCUCCAAAUCAGACACUGCAACUCAUCGACGUUGGAGGAUUCGACACUCGCGCAGAUGUUCUUGUCCUGGCCACGAAUACAAUCGUUCCAUUUGCAUGAUCAGAGGAUGCAAAGGGAUCAAGUACCGGAUACACGACUAACCAUCGGAGGUGUGCAUCGCGCUUUGCGUCACACACCCAUGCUCCGACGACUUACACUUCGAUUCGAUGCGAGACUCCUUCCUAAUGCCGAGGCUGAAGGGUUACCGACCCAGCAGUCGAUGGAGUAUCUGGAUGUGUGCACCUCGCCUAUUCGUUCUGGGGAUAGAGUUGCGGCGUAUAUGACGAAAUAUUUCCCGAGUGUUGCUCGUCUCAACACCCAUGAAUUUCUCAGGGAGGGUUUGAGUGUGAGGUUCAUCAUGGAUGGAGAGGAGGAUGAAGAGGAGGCGGAUAUUUGGCGCGCCUAUAGAGCUGAGAUUGUGAUGGUCGAUAGGUGGAACGAUGUUAUGCGGGUAAUUAACGAAGUUUCGUAA